UUGCCUAAGGGAAAGCUUCGUUCUCUACACAACACAAAUCUUCUCUGGUCUUGGCCAAAAAAAAAAAAAAAGACUCAAAUUCUCUGCUUGAAAGCUUUCAACAGUUUGAGCUUUCUUUUCAGGCAAAAAUGGAAGAAAUUAUCUUAUCCGCCGUUGCAGAAGGGAUUUUUGGGAUGUUGGCUUCUCAUGGUAUCCAAGAGAUUGGCUUGCUGUGGGAUGUGAAUGAUGACCUUGAACAACUUAGGAACACUGUUUCAGCAAUCAACGCUGUACUUCUCGAUGCCGAGAAGAAGCAGAACCAUAACCAUCAAGUCAAAUUUUGGCUUCAGAGGCUUCAAGAAGUUGUUAUUGGUGCUGACGACUUGGUGGACGACUUAUCCUAUGAAGCUCUGCGAAAGAGUCUGAUGCCGGGAAGCAACAGCAUGGUCAAGCAGCUAUGCACUUUCUUUUCCUCCUUCAACCAAAUAAUUUACAGGCAUAAGAUGGGUCACAAAAUAAAGAAUGUGAGGAGGAAACUGGCUGCAAUUGGAAAUGAUGCAAAACUGCUGGAUUUGGAGGAGCGUCAUGGAGAGACUCAUGUUGUGACUAGACUGAGGGACCAUACGUACUCUUAUGUAUAUGAGAAAGAAGUGAUUGGUAGGGAUGAUGAUAGGAUUGCCAUCUUACAGCUUCUGUUGGAUACCAAAACUAAGGAGAACGUAUCUAUCAUCCCCAUUGUUGGUAUUGGAGGUAUAGGUAAAACCACACUUGCCCAACUUGUUUUUAAUGAUAAACAAGUUCAAAAGCAUUUUGAUCUUAGAUUAUGGGUUUGCGUCUCUGAUAAUUUUGAUGUGAAAUUACUUGUUGAAAAGAUCAUUAAAUCUGCAAAUGUGGAACUUAAUACAAAUAAGGAGAUAGAACAAUUGCAACAAAUUCUUCGUGAAAAGAUAAAUGGAAAACGAUAUCUUCUUGUACUCGAUGAUAUUUGGAAUGAGGAGCAAGAGAAAUGGAACUACUUGAAAAGGUUACUAUUAAAUGGUGGGACAGGAAGUAAAGUAAUAGUAACCACACGGAGUAAAGUUGUUGAAAGGAUUACAGGCACAAUGCCUGCAUAUGGGUUAAAAGUCAUGGAUGAAGAGAAAUCUUGGGCUCUAUUUAAGAAAAUAGCUUUGAAGCAAGAACAAGAGUCAAAUAUCAGUUCCAAAAUUUCAGAAAUUGGAAGGCAUAUUGUGGACAAAUGUGGUGGAAUUCCUCUUGCAAUAAGAACAAUAGGAGGCAUGCUGCGUCUAAAAAAUCCAGAGACAGAAUGGUCAUCAUUUAUGGAAAAAGAGCUAUCAAAAAUACCUCAAGGAGAAGAUGAUAUAAUCCCAACACUUAAAUUGAGUUACUAUCAUCUUCCAUCAAAUUUGAAACAGUGUUUUGCAUAUUAUUCUUUAUUUCCUAAAGAUUAUGUAAUUGUUGUAGAAAAUCUAGUACAUCAUUGGAUGGCGCAAGGUUUUAUUAAGAUAUCAAAUCCAACUGAUUAUUUGGAAGACGUGGGUUACGAGUAUUUUAAGGAAUUACUUUGGAGAUCCUUCUUCGAAGAAGUUGAAACAGAUGAGAAUGGCAAUGUAACAAAAUGCAAAAUGCAUGAUUUAAUGCAUGACCUUGCGGAGUCAAUAACACGAUCUGAGUUUGAUAGGCGGAAAGGAAGUACAGAACCUAUUAACGGUAAAACACGUCAUGUGUUGUUGUAUGAAUAUGAUUCUGAUUUAGUAGAAAAAAUUCAACCUUCAUUGAUACAAGCUAAAAAGAUGAGGACGAUUCUUAUGCCUAAUGUGGAUAGAUGGCGGUCGGGGUAUACAAUUACUGAUGGUGAGUCAACAUGUGAGGCAAUUGCUUUAAAUUUGAAGUUGUUACGCACGUUGGAUUUGCGUAAUUUUGGUAUUGGGAAAGUGCCUAAAUCUAUUGGUAAGCUGAAGCAUUUGAGAUAUCUUGAUCUUUCUUUUAAUGGUUUUAAGGUACUACCAGAUUGUGUCACCAGAUUGCAUAAUUUACAAACACUGAACCUCGUUUGUUGCAGUCGUCUUCAAGUAUUGCCUAAAGACAUCAAUAAACUAAUCAAACUCCAGAGUCUUAAUAUUGAGGAGUGCAGGAAUCUGAAAUACUUGCCACGUGGAAUAGGUGAAUUAAGUAGCCUUCGCAAAUUAUCAAGGUUUACAUUGAGUAAGGGCACGAGUUUUUUCUCUAAGCAUCAGCGUGGCGGUGGGCUUGAUGAAUUACGGAGACUGAACAACUUGCGAGGGUCGCUGGUAAUUGAAAACUUGAGAAUAGAUGUCAUGGUACAACCAAAGGAUGCAAAUCUGAAAGAGAAGCAACAUCUUCGAUCCUUAAGUUUAGGUUGGAUUAAAGAUGUUAAAUUGGAAGAAAUAACGGAGGCAGUGGCGGAGGGAUACGAAAUGCAACUGGAAGUCCUCCAACUGCAUCCAAAUCUCAAAGACUUGUGUAUUCGGAGAUAUCAGGGUGUCAGGUUUCCAAGUUGGAUUGACUCGCAUACAAAUAUGGUAACAUUGGCUUUAUGGAAGUGUCACAAAUGCCAACAUCUGCCGUCACUGCAUCAACUUCCUUGUCUUAAGGAAUUGAGGCUGUAUAAAUUGGAUGCUCUUGAGUAUGUUUCAAAGGAUGAGUACUUGUCUUGCUCAUCAUCGUCCUCUUCCACUUUAAUAUUCUUUCCUUCCCUAGAAAGACUGGAGUUGAAAUACUUGCCUAAUUUAAAGGGGUGGUGGCGGAGGAGUGAUAGUUCCUCUGCCACAGCGAGUAGUAGUCAUGAUGAUCAUAUGUUGCCCGUAUUCCCCAAUUGUCUUUCUCAUUUAAUUAUCAUGGGUUGCCCAAGCUUGACAUGCAUGCCACUUUUUCCAUAUGUAAGCGAAGAUGUAAUCUGGAGUAAUUCUAAUUGGAUACCAUUCCAACAGACAAUCCUCAGUGUCAGUGGUGGCGGAGCAAGACCCGUUAUUGAUCAACCAUCAUCAUCAUCAUCAUCAACAUCUUCCUACUACUCUCCACUCUGCAAAUUGACGUCUUUGGCUAUUCAUAGCAUUCAUGAUCUACAAUUUCUCCCAGAUGAGCUGAAAAGCCUCACUUCCCUCAAGGAUCUGCAUAUCGGGAACUGCCAAGAAUUUAAGUCUCUAUAUCCGGGUAUUCAGCAUCUCACCUCACUUCAAUAUUUAACGAUUGAAAACUGCAAGAAGCUCGACAUGUGUGAUGACGAAGCCCAUGCAAUUACAAUGUGGCAGCAACCUCUCAGAAGGCUCCAAACACUGUCGUUGCAUAGGCUUCCACAACUAGUGGAUCUCCCAGGUGGCCUUCAACAACUUACCAGCCUGCAGAAACUGGAGAUUAGUGAUUGUCAAAAUUUAGUCUCACUUUCGGAGUGGAUUAAAAGCCUCACAUCUCUUCAAUACCUUAAACUUUAUGGCUGCCCCAAAUUGGCAUCAUUGCCUGAAGAAAUAACAAGUCUCACCUCUUUACGCAGCUUGGAGAUUCAGUUUUGUGACGCCUUAUUACCAAGAUGUGAAAGGGAAAAGGGCGAGGAUUGGCCUAAGAUUUCUCUUAUCCCAGACUUGCGGAUCCAUUGAAGAUAGAAUUCAAAAACCUCUGUACAAG